AUGAUGGUCAUCGCUGAGUGGAAGAAUCAUCGUAUCACUCAAUGGAAGAUGGAUGAUACGAAUGGACAAGUAGUAGCUGGUGGCCAUGGCCAAGGAAAUCAAUUGGAUCAAUUGAAUUAUCCAACCGAUGUAUUGAUCGACAAAGAGAAUGAUAGUCUCAUUAUUUGUGAUCUAGGGAAUCAACGCGUCGUACAAUGGUCUCGUCGUAGUGGCACAACUCAAGGAGAAAUCCUCAUUGACAACAUCGAUUGUUAUGGAUUCGCCAUGGAUGAUCAGAGAUAUCUCUACAUAUCUGACUACCCGAAAGAUGAAGUAAGACGAUAUCAAAUAGGAGACAAGAAUGGAACUCUCGUGGCCGGUGGCCAUGGCAAUGGUUCUGGUCUCAAUCAACUCAACGCUCCGGGCUACAUCUUUGUCGAUCGACAACAGACUGUCUACGUGUCAGACUACCACAAUCAUCGUGUGAUGAAAUGGAAAAAAGGUGCAAAAGAAGGAAUUGUCAUCGCUGGUGGUCAAGGCCAAGGGGGUGCUUUGACACAAUUGUCGUAUCCUCAAGGACUGUUCGUCGAUACGUUGGGUACCAUCUGUGUGGCAGAUUCGGGAAAUAAUCGAGUGAUGCUUUGGCCUGAAGGAGCGAAACAGGGCACUGUCAUUGCAGGUGGAAAUGGUCAAGGAGCAGGAGCAAAUCAGUUCAACGGUCUCGAAGCAAUUCCUAAUAUUCCCAUCAAUGCCCAAUGGGCACAGAAUGGUAUCACUGUGGCUGGAGGAAAUCGACAAGGCAAUGGAAUCAAUCAACUCUCUAACUCAUUGGGUUUGUAUGUUGAUGAUGAUCAAACUGUCUAUGUCGCUGAUCAGUGGAAUCAUCGUAUUGUGGAAUGGAAAUGGGGUGCGACGAGUGGCCAAGUGGUUGCCGGUGGAAAUGGGCAAGGAAGUGGGGCCCAUCAGUUGUAUAGCCCACAAGAUGUGAUUGUCGACAAAGAGAGAGAUAGUCUCAUCAUCUGCGAUUAUUCGAAUAAAAGAGUGGUUCGAUGGCCUCGUCGAAAUGGGACAAGUGGAGAAACGAUCAUCUCGAACAUCGAUUGUGUGAGUUUGACAAUGGACGAGAAUGGAUCUCUCUAUGUCACUGACUAUGGAGAAAAUGAAGUGAGACGAUAUCGAAGAGGAGAAUCUCAAGGAACAGUGGUUGCAGGUGGCAAUGGAAGUGGAAAUCGUCUCGAUCAACUCUCUUCUCCACAAUACGUAUUCGUCGAUCGAGAUCAUUCAGUGUACGUGUCUGAUUGGAGAAAUCAUCGUGUGAUGAAAUGGGUGGAAGGUGCAAAACAAGGCAUUGUCGUGGCUGGUGGUCAAGGAGAAGGAAAUGGUCUUACACAAUUGUAUUAUCCUGAAGGAGUCGUUGUCGAUCAAUUGGGCACUCUCUAUGUGGCUGAUAGAGGGAAUGAUCGAAUCAUGCGUUGGCCCAAAGGAGCCACACAGGGAAGUGUCAUUGUUGGUGGAAACGGUAGAGGAAAACAAUCGAACCAACUCAAUGAGCCCAUCGGUUUGUCAUUCGAUCGACACGUCAAUCUCUAUGUCGUCGAUUGGGGAAAUCAUCGAAUGCAAAAAUUCAAUGUCAAUUCAAAUCCAUAA